ACCGGUGUUUGCGGCAAGCUGUAGAAUUGGAGGCGGUGCCAGUUUCCGGGUUCGUAGUACAGAAGCGGAGAAGGGGUUGGAUGUAAAUACUGGACAAUGGGAAAUUGCCACAGACAUCCCAGCCUUCAGCAUACACCACCCUGAUAAGUCAGCAGCCAUCAAAAUUGAGACAAGAUCCUCCACCAGCAAAAAGAUUAUGACUUGCUGAAGGCUCAGAUGAUUAGCAUUUUUAGCAAUAAAGUAUUUUUAAUUAAGUCAUCCAGACCCUGCUGCAAUAUUUUAACAAUGGAGAGAAAUGAGAGCAUUGUUCCCAGUAUCACUCAGCUGGAAAAUUUUCUUACUGAACAUGACUCUAAUGUUGUUUGGCUCUUAGUUGCUACUAUUUUGUCCUGUGGAUGGAUUAUUUACCUAACCUAUUACAAUUCCCGGAAUAUUGGACUUAUUUUAACAUUGGUUCUUAACAGAUUGCACAAAAAUGGCUACAUCCAUAUCGGCUCAUUCUCGUUCUCUGUACUGUCUGGAAAAGUUAUGGUCCGUGAAAUUUAUUACAUUACAGAAGACAUGUCAAUCAGAAUCCAAGAUGGCUUUAUUAUAUUUCGUUGGUGGAAGAUGUACAAUCCAAAACAGAAACAACAUGAUCCAAAGGCGGAAACGAGAUUGUAUAUCAUGGUGAAUGAUUUUGAAUUUCAUGUCUACAAUCGGUCUGACCUUUAUGGGCAACUUCAGGAAUUAUUUGGUUUAGAUCCAACCAUAAUUCCUCCAAAGAAAGAGGAUGAAAAAGCAAGAGAAAAUGGGAGACAGCAAACACAUACAAAUCUUGAAAGUGUCAAAGCAAAAAGUGAAUCUCAUGACCCUUCCUCAUCAUGGAGAUCUCUUAUUCCUGUAAUCAAAGUCAAUGUUAGCACAGGUCGUUUAGCUUUUGGAAAUCAUUAUCAGCCACAGACCCUCUGUAUUAACUUUGAUGAUGCUUUUUUAACUUACACCACAAAACCACCUUCAAGUCACCUUGAUCAAUUUAUGCACAUUGUGAAAGGAAAACUGGAAAAUGUGAGGGUUAUGUUGGUUCCUAGUCCAAGAUACGUUGGACUUCAAAAUGAUGAACCACCAAGAUUAAUGGGAGAAGGUUUUGUUGUGAUGCAGUCAAAUGAUGUUGAUAUCUACUAUUACAUGGAUGAGCCAGGUCUGGUACCAGAAGAAACCGAGGAAAAUAAUGAGGGAGAAACCAGUAAUGAAGAUAGUAAAUUGCAAGACCUGCCACCAUGUUGGGGAUUAGAUAUAGUUUGUGGCAAAGGAACAGAUUUCAACUAUGGUCCAUGGGCUGACAGGCAAAGGGACUGUUUGUGGAAAUUCUUUUUCCCACCAGAUUACCAAGUCAUGAAAGUUUCAGAAAUACCACAACCUGGAAAGCCAAGGCAGAUCCUUGCUUUUGAGCUACGUAUGAAUAUAAUUGCAGAUGCCACUAUUGAUUUACUCUUCACAAAAAACAGGGAGACUAAUGCUGUACAUGUAAAUGUUGGAGCAGGCUCUUAUUUGGAAAUAAAUAUUCCUAUGACUGUGGCUGAAAAUGGUUAUUCUCCUACAAUUAAAGGACAGCUUUUACACAUAGAUGCUACCAGCAGUAUGCAGUUCAGAACCCUCUUAGAAGCAGAAAUGUUAGCUUUUCACAUUAAUGCCUGCUAUCCGCGGAUAUGGAAUAUGCCACAGGUAUGGCAGUGUGAAGUAGAAGUUUACAAGGCAACCUACCAUUUCAUCUUUGCUCAAAAAAGCUUCUUUACAGAUUUGAUUGAGGAUUGGUGCAGUGACAGUGCUCCUGAUAUCUUCUCAUUUGUGCCCUAUUCAUGGAAUUUUAAAGUCAUGUUUCAUCAGUUUGAAAUGAUUUGGGCAGCAAAUCAGCACAAUUGGAUAGAUUGUUCCACAAAGCAACAGGAAAAUGUUUAUGUGGCAGCCUGUGGGGAAACAUUAAACAUCGUUUUCUCUUUGCCUUUUACUGACUUUGUUCCAAGCAUAUGCAAUACUAGAUUCUCUUUAAGGGGAGAAGGUCUUGAUCUUCGUUUACUUCUACCAGACUGCCAUCCUAGUAAAUAUUCUCUGUUUCUGCUGGUGAAAGAUUGUCAUCCUGCCAAACUAAAUCCUGAGACUUCUGUUUCUGCUGAUAGUCAAACUGGUCAAAAACAAAGCAAAAUGAGGUGGAGAAACAUGACUCAAGAAGAGGCUGGCUGGGUUGAAUGCUGGAUUGUACCAAGUAUUAUGCUCACAAUUGACUACUCAUGGCAUCCCAUUUAUCCUCAGAAGGCUGAUGAACAAUUAAAGCAGUCACUAUCAGAAAUGGAAGAAACCAUCUUAUCCGCAUUGAGACCAUCACAAAAAACAGCAGACAGGGGCAUCUCUCCUUCAGGUUCUUCUCGUCCUGCUAUUGAUCCUUCAGAGCUUCCACCUGACAAACUCCAUGUAGAGUUGGAAGUCUCCCCAGACUCUCAGAUAACUUUAUAUGGACCUCUUUUGAAAGCCUUCCUAUCCAUAAAGGAAAAUUAUUUUGGAGAAGAUGAUAUGUACACCGAUUUUGAGGAAGUGAUUUCAAGCCCUGUGCUGUCCGUGUCAACAUCUUCAAGCUCUGGAUGGACUGCUGUAGGAGUGGAUGCUGACAAAAAGGACAAUGACACAGCAGUUAGACAGGUUCACCCUCUCACUUUACGACCUUGGGAUAUUACUGUCCUUGUUAAUAUAUACAAAGUGCAUGGGAGACUACCAGUGCAUUGUAGUAGUGAUGGCCCAGAAUGUCCAACAGCUUUCCUGGAAAGGUUGUGUUUUGAAAUGAAAAAAGGAUACAAGGAAACUAUGUUGCAGUUGGUAUUAUCACCAUUGAAUUUAUUCCUGAAUGACAAUUAUCAGAGACCUGCAGUGGAUGAAGUACUUCGAGAAGGUCAUAUGACACUUUCAGGUCUGCAGCUCAGAGCUCAUGCCAUGUUUUCAGCAGAAGGUUUACCACUGGGAAGUGACUCUUUAGAAUAUGCAUGGUUGAUUGAUAUUCAAGCUGGAAGCCUCACUGCCAAGGUUACAGUUCCACAGCUUGCAUGCCUGCUUGAGUGGGGACAAACAUUUGUGUUUCAUGUAGUAUGUCGUGAGUUUGAACUAGAGAGGCCAAAAUCUGUAAUUAUAUGUCAGCAUGGAAUUGAUCGACGCUUCUGUGAAGCUAAGAUAAGCUGUAUUUCUGGCCCUUGUCCAACAUCUGAUGAAUUAAAGUACACUAUGACACGCGUGGCAGUAGAUGGGGCAGAUGUAUAUAUUGUAGAACAUGGUUGUGCCACAAAUAUAAAGAUGGGUGCUGUGCGCAUUGCCAAUUGUAAUCUCCACAAUCAGUCAGUUGGUGAGGGUAUAAGUGCUGCUGUUCAAGAUUUCCAGCUACGGCAGUAUUUUGAACAAGUGAACAAUUGUCGAGUUGGUCUUCAACCUGCAGUGCUGCGGAGGGCGUAUUGGCUGGAAGCGGGAUCAAUCAAUUUGGGCCUUAUCACUGCUGAUGUUGCUUUAGCAGCAGAUCAUCAUUCUAAGCAUGAAGCUCAGAGACAUUUUUUGGAGACUCAUGAUAGCAGAACUAAGAGAUUAUGGUUUUUAUGGCCAGAUGAUAAUACAAAGAAUAAGAGAAGCAAGAACAAGUGUGGCUGCCUAGGUGGCUGUAAGUUUUUUGGUGGCACAGUGUCAGGAUUAGACUUCUUCAAGCUUGAAGACUUGACCCCUUCAAGUAGCUCUGCUUUUUCAAGUACAAGUGCAGAAUCUGAUAUGUUUUAUGGACAAUCUUUACUACAGCCUGGAGAAUGGAUCAUUACCAAAGAGCUUCCAAAAAUUAUAGAUGGUAAGGUAAAUGGUGUUAAAAGAAAAGAAUGGGAGUGCCGAUCUGUAGGAAUGGAAAUAGAAAGGAAAUCUCAGCACCUGAACUUACAAGUACCACUGCGAUCUCAUAGUUCUUCUUCCUCUUCGGAGGAAAAUAGUAGUUCUAGUGCAGCACUUCCCUUACUUGCUGGUGAGAGGGACAGCCCUUCUUCUGCUGUUGAAGACCACUUGGGGCAAAAGGAGUUCUUGGCUAGUUCAAAAAGAGAAGAGUCUCAUGGAAGUACUGCAGCAGAUGCUUCAGGAAGUAGUCCUGUAUCUCCUAACUCCCAAGAGAAACCUGUUGGACAGUCCCCUCUUAGAUCUCCUUUGAAACGACAGGCAUCAGUAUGUUCUACUCGACUUGGGAGCACCAAAAGUCUUACAGCAGCUUUUUAUGGAGACAAGCAACCUGUUCAAGCUGGUGUGCAGUUCAGCAGUGAUGUUUCUCGCAGUGAUGAAAAUGUCUUAGACUCUCCAAAGCAAAGGAGAAGCUUUGGUUCCUUCCCAUAUACCCCUUCUGCAGAUUCAAAUUCAUUUCAUCAAUAUCGUUCCAUGGACUCAAGCAUGUCAAUGGCUGAUAGUGAAGCCUAUUUUUCAGCAGCUGAGGACUUUGAGCCUAUAAGCAGUGAUGAAGGUCCAGGAACUUAUCCUGGGAGAAAAAAGAAAAGAAAGCAAACCAAGCAAAUUGAUUAUGGGAAAGGCUCGAUUUAUCACAGUAUAGAAGGACCUCUGACUUCUACAUUGCAUGGAGAAGCUAGUCAUGAUUCAAAAAUUUUACCAAUAAAAACACAUCCCUCACAAGCGUCAUUUGUUUCUGCUUUGGGUGGAGAAGAUGAACUUGUAGAACAUUUAUAUAUCAUAGAAACUGAGAAGCCUCCAGAAAAUGAACAAAUCAUUUCCCAGCAGCCUGAAAUGAACUGCUACCAAAGCUACCUCACCCAAUACCAGGUGGUUAAUUGGUCAGUAAAACAUCCAACAAACAAAAGAACUUCUAAAUCAUCCUUACAUCGGCCAUUAGAUCUUGAAACUCCAACUAGUGAGGAAAGUUCCUCAACUUUUGAACAACUUUCUGUUCCAACUUUUAAGAUUGUUAAACAGGGUCUCACAGCUAAUACUUUACUGGACCGCGGUAUGCAGCUCACAGGAUCAACAUCUAAUACCCCUUAUACUCCCUUGGAGAAGAAAAUCCUUGAUAAUACAGAUGAUGAAACAAUAACAGAAGAAUGGACCUUAGAUCAUCCAGUUUCCCAAACCAGAACAACAGCUAUUGUGGAAAUAAAAGGAACUGUGGAUAUAGUUCUCACACCUCUUGUAGCAGAAGCUUUAGACAGGUACAUAGAGGCAAUGGUUCACUGUGCUAGUACAUGCCACCCAGCAGCUAUUGUGGAUGAUCUACAUUGUAAGGUCCUCAGACAAGCUGUACAGAACAGAAAAACAACUUUUUCAGAAAAUCUAUCUUCCAAGCAAGAUGUUAGAGGAACAAAAAUAGAGACUCCUGCUACAGGAACAACUCAAGCAAAAACACAGACACAUCUUUCUCUCAAGCAAGAUAAUGUGACUAUUAAAGGUCUUCAAGCCAAUGUUACAUUACCAAAGGUAAAUCUGUGUUUACUACAAGCCUCAGUAGAAGAGUCAGCAGGCACAUCCACAGGCAAAAGUGUAACUCAUGUUUCUUUAGUAGCUUUGUGCUUUGAUAGGAUUGCUACACAGGUUCGUAUGAACAGGGGUGUGGUUGAAGAGAAUCCAAACAGUUCAGAGACUAGAAGAAGUUCUGUAACUUUUGACAAGUAUGUCCACAGCAAUAAAAUGCAGCCCCAGUCUUCUGGCUCCUUGCGAUCAAAUGCUGGAGCAGAGAAAGGAAAAGAAAUUGCAGCUAAGCUUAAUAUUCACCGUAUUCAUGGGCAGCUCAGAGGCCUUGAUACAACAGAUAUUGGGACCAGUGCAAUAACAGCCAUUCCUUUUGAAAAAUCAAAAGUACUUUUUACUUUGGAAGAGUUGGAUGACUUUACUUUUGUAGAUGAAGCUGACCAUCAGGUAGUUCCAGAUGUAACACGGAUAGGUCCCAGUCAAGAAAAAUGGGGCUGGAUAAUGUUUGAAUGUGGAAUAGAAAAUCUGACAAUAAAAGGUGGUAGACAAUCAGGUGCAGUUUUAUACAACGCAUUUGGGAACAUUGGUAAAUCUACCACCACAGAUAGGGGUGGGUUACUUGCAUCCAACAAUUCUUCAGAUUCUCCAACUGGUAGUGGUUAUAAUACUGAUGUAUCUGAGGAAAAUCUCCCAUGUGAUCAAAUAAGUGCUGCUUCGGAUACUCAUCCAAAUUCAGUUUCAGAUGAGCAGGAUGAAGGGGUUGAAUCUGAUGACCUUAAAAAAGAGCAUCCUUUAAGGCCUCCCCCACCUGAUUCCUGUAGCAUGAAACUGACAAUCAAAGAAAUUUGGUUCAGUUUUGCUGCUCCUACAAAUGUGCGUUCGCCUGCCCAUACAUUUUCAAGGCAACUAAAUCUUCUAAGCACUGCAACUCCUGCAGUUGGAGCAUGGCUUCUUCCAAUUGAUCAAGUGAAGUCCUCUUUAAAUAAAUUAGAAACAGAAGGAACACUACGAGUUUGUGCUGUCAUGGGCUGUAUAAUGACAGAAGCCUUAGAGAACAAAAGCGUUCACUUCCCCUUGAGGAGCAAGUAUAACAGGCUCACUAAAUUAGCCCGUUACCUACAAGAAAAUCCCUCCUGUUUGCUCUGUAAUAUAUUGCACCAUUAUCUUCAUCAAGCAAACUAUUCAGUCAUUGAGGAUGCAACUAUGAGUGAUGGCCUUCCUGCUUUGGUGACAUUAAAGAAAGGUCUUAUUGCAUUAGCUAGGCAGUGGAUGAAAUUCAUUGUGGUAACACCUGCCUUCAAAGGUGUGAGUUUACAUAGGCCGGCUCAGCCAAUGAAACUCCAGUCAACUGUACCCCAUGAGCAAGAAGAUGCAUUUGGCUUAGACAAUGGAGGCGGUCUUCAGAGUGACACAAGUGCUGAUGGAGCGGAAUUUGAGUUUGAUGCAGCCACUGUUAGUGAACAUACAAUGCUUCUGGAAGGAACUGGGACCCGCCCCCCACCUGCUGGCGUUUCCUCUGGACCUGUGAGUGGGGCUGAGUUUAUGAGGAAACUAUCAAAGACUCAUACACAUAGUGAUUCUGGUCUUAAAAUAAAGGGUAUCCAUCCAUAUCAUUCACUGAGCUAUACUAGUGGAGAUACAGCUACUGAUUCGCCAGUACAUGUUGGCCGUUCUGGACUGCAUAUCCGAGAAAGCCCAAGAAAAGAGAGUCUACUCAGUUACUUGACAGGAAGUUUUCCUAGUCUACAUAAUCUCUUGGAGGGGACUCCUCAAAGAAGUACUACAGCUCCUAAAAGUAGUUCUUUGACAAGAACAGUAAAUACUAUGCCCUCUGAAAUGUUAUCUGAACAUCCUUUACUGUCGGAGCCAUCAUCUGUGAGUUUCUAUAACUGGAUGUCAAAUGCAGUAGGAAACAGGGGAGGUACUGUACAAGAGUCUCCCAUCACCAAAACUGGACACAAUAGUCUCCCAACAGGUGUGGCCCCAAAUCUUCCAACUAUACCUUCAGCAUCUGACUUCAAUACAGUACUGUCUAGUGAUCAGAACACAUUGGAUGGAACUCAUUCCCAGCACAGUACUAGUCAAGAUGAUAUCGCUGGUAUUGAGGAAGGUAACCAGGGAUUCCCUGCUGUACAACUUGCAGAUGCCCAAGUUGUUUUCAAACCUCUUCUGAGCCACACAGGGAUUCAGUCUCAGGAUGCAGUGCCAUUGUGUUACAGGAUGUACUUUGGGGAGCACCUUUCAUUCUCAGGGACUCUAGAUUGCCUUAGGGCAGACAUUGUUGAUUCAGAUACAGCAAAGGAAAGAAGAAGCAAAAGAGCACGAAGGCAAGGAACAGUCAGUCUUCCUCCACUUGAAUUUAAACCAGCAUUGAUGUUGGAAACAUUCAGCAUCAGUGCUGUUAUAAUGGAGAAGUCAGUGUCUACACCUCAAAACUCCACCAAUGCCCUUGCUUUUCAUGACUUUAAUAAGCGUCAUUACAGCACCUUUCACUGCAAUUUUACAAUCUCAUGUCAGUCAAUAAGUCAGCAUGUGGAUAUGGCACUAGUUCGCCUUAUCCACCAGUUUAGUACCAUGAUAGAUGAUAUCAAAGCUACGCAAACAGACAUCAAACUCAGCAGAUACACAGCUGGCUCAGCUUCUCCCACACCCACCUUUAAAACCCGCAAACACAGAGACUUUCGUUCUUCUGACUUCAGUCGCAGCUCCCGAGGGAGUCUUAAUGGUGUCAACAGAGUAAACAAUGUGAAAAGCAAACGCUCAAAUAAUGAGAACAAUAAAAAAGAAAUUCGAAGCAAAAAUUCACUUGGGAGGUCAGAAAGAAGAACUUCUAAAGUUUCCAGGAAAGGAUCAAAGGAUGUUGUUGAUCAUGUGACCAUUCAUAUGGAUGAUUCCGAUUCAAUUACAGUAUCAGAGCAGAGUGAACCUUCUGCAGAGUGUUGGCAAAAUAUGUAUAAACUGUUGAACUUUUAUUCUCUUAUCUCGGAUCCAACAGGGAUUUUAGAAAAAUCUUCUGAAACAUUUUAUCCAGCAGGUGUCCGGAGCCCUACUGAACCUACUUGUAGGGUUGCAUUUGAGAAUGAGCAGGAUAACAGCAGCUUGAGCAGAUCACAGAGGAAACGCAGUUUGGUAACAUCUGAACCUCAGCAUGUGACCCUGAUAGUCUUUGGAAUAGGCAUGGUAAAUCGCACACAUCUUGAAGCAGAUAUUGGUGGGCUUACAAUGGAAUCUGAACUGAAGAGGAUUCAUGGAAGUUUUACACUCAAAGAAAAGAUGAAAGAUGUACUGCAUCAAAAGAUGACAGAGACAUGUGCUACUGCUCAUAUAGGUGGUGUUAAUAUUGUUCUUCUGGAAGGGAUCACACCAAAUAUCCAACUGGAGGAUUUCCCUACAUCACCAACAAGCACUGCCAAACAAGAAUUUCUAACUGUUGUGAAAUGUAGCAUUGCCAAAUCACAGGCUCUUUAUAGUGCCCAAAGGGGGUUGAAAACAAAUAAUGCUGCAGUCUUCAAAGUAGGAGCUAUUAGCAUCAACAUUCCUCAACAUCCAGCUACACUUCAUAGUAUGAUGGUGCGCAGUUCUCAUCAGCUUUCCAAACAAAUCUCUGAUCUCAUCAGACAGCCAAGUGUUGUUCCACAGCCUUCAAAAGAAGAUACCGCAACACCAUUACCUGCAGAAAAGACACCUACAAGUGUAAAUCAGACACCCAUUGAAACAAAUGAAUUUCCACAGCUGCCAGAAGGUUUGGAAAAGAAGCCCAUAGUUCUUAAAUUCAGUGCCAUGAUUGAUGGUAUUGCUAUUGGAGCUGCACUUCUGCCAUCCUUAAAAGCUGAAUACAAGAUGGGAAGAAUGAGAAGUCAUGGAAUGACAGGUGCACAAACAAGGUUUACAUUUGAGCUGCCAAAUCACAAGUUACGGUUCACUUCCAAAGUCUCUGCCACUGAUAUGUCUACCAUCCCUCCCUCAGCAAGUCUUAACCUUCCUCCUGUCACAAUGUCAGGGAAAUACAUCAUGGAAGAGCAUGAUACCUAUUCAGAUCACAUAUGGAGUAUAGAUGAACUGCCCACCAAGCAGGGCUAUUAUCUCCAGGGAAACUAUUUGCGUUGUGUAGCAGAGGUUGGGUCUUUUGAACAUAAUCUUACAACAGAUCUUUUGAACCAUUUGGUUUUUGUGCAGAAAGUAUUUAUGAAAGAGGUCAAUGAAGUCAUACAGAAAGUCUCAGGAGGAGAGCAACCUAUUCCCCUUUGGAAUGAACAUGAUGGAACAACUGAUGGAGAAAAGCCAAAGAUUCUCCUAUACUCUCUGAGCUUGCAGUUUAAGGGAAUCCAGGUAACAGCCACAACACCAUCAAUGAGAGCUGUACGAUUUGAAACAGGAUUAAUAGAAUUAGAGCUCUCGAAUAGAAUACAAACCAAAGCAAUGCCUGGUAGUACCAGCUACCUGAAACUCUUUGGUAAAUGCCAAGUGGACUUAAAUCUGGCAUUAGGACAAAUUGUUAAACAUCAGGUUUAUGAAGAAGCUGGAUCAGACUUCCAUCAAGUUGCUUACUUUAAAACCAGAAUUGGAUUAAGAAAUGCCCUUAGGGAAGAAAUCAGUGGUUCAUCAGAUCGAGAAGCUGUGCUCAUUACUUUGAAUAGACCAAUUGUUUUUGCUCAACCUGUGGCCUUUGAUAGAGCUGUGCUUUUCUGGCUGAACUACAAGGCUGCUUAUGACAACUGGAAUGAACAGAGAAUGGCCUUGAAUAAAGAUGUACAUAUGGCUACAAAAGAAAUAGUUGAUAUGUUACCUGGAAUCCAGCAGACAUCUGCUCAAGCUUUUGGGACACUCUUCCUCCAGCUAACAGUUAAUGAUUUAGGAAUUUGCCUGCCUAUCACAAACACACCACAGACUAACCACACCACUGAUCUGGACACUGGCUCUGCUCUAGUCUUGACUAUUGAAAGUACCUUAAUUACUGCCUGCUCUUCAGAGUCUCUGGUCAGCAAAGGUCAUUUUAAAAACUUCUGUAUCCGUUUUGCUGAUGGCUUUGAAACAAGCUGGGAUGACUGGAAGCCAGAAGUACGAGGUGAUCUAGUCAUGAAUGCCUGUGUAGUUCCUGAUGGCACCUAUGAGGUGUGUUCAAGGACAACAGGACAAGCAGCUGCAGAAAGUAACAGCGCUGGAACAUGGACUCUUAAUGUGCUGUGGAAAAUGUGUGGCAUUGAUGUACACAUGGAUCCUAAUAUUGGAAAAAGACUGAAUGCUCUAGGAAAUACCCUCACAACAUUGACGGGAGAAGAAGAUUUAGAUGACAUCGCUGACCUUAACUCUGUUAACAUAGCUGAUCUUUCUGAUGAGGAUGAAGUUGAUACUAUGUCUCCUACUGUUAGUGUGGAGAAUGCUGACUAUAGGAGGCCAGGGACAUCUAAUAACCAGACUGGAGAACAAAGAGGAAGAAAGUAUGUGAAACGCUUAGUGGACAUAAGGGAGCUGAAUGAACAAGCCAAAGUAAUUGAUGAUCUAAAGAAACUGGGUGCAAGCGAAGGAACCAUAAAUCAAGAAAUUCAACGUUAUCAACAACUGGAAUCAGUAGCUGUCAAUGAUAUUCGCCGAGAUGUUCGUAAAAAACUGCGUAGAUCAAGCAUGAGGGCAGCAUCACUGAAGGACAAAUGGGGCCUAGGUUACAAACCUAGUUAUAAUCGAUCAAAAAGUAUUACAGCUUCUGGGAGACCACCUCUAAAAAGAAUGGACAGAACAAGUACACGGCUUGGAGAUAGUGAAGAACUUCCAGAAAUACGUGUAGAUGGAGCAUCUCCUGGACCCAGAGUAACUUUCAGCAUACAGGACACGUUGAAUAAAACAGUUUUGGGGAUUGCACAACAAUCCAGCUGUCCAGGGGAAGGGUAUUUUCAGUUUCCAGAGGAGACAGAAUUGGAUCUUUUGUCAGUAACCAUUGAUGGUCCAUCCCAUUACUCAUCCACUAGUGAAGGAUCAUGCUCAGUAUUCAAUUCACCCAAAACUCCAGCUGUCUUCUCACCAAGCAUUCCCUUCCAGCCUGAAGAAGGAAGACGAGAUGACAGCUUGUCUUCAACAAGUGAGGAUUCUGAAAAGGAGGAAGAUCAUGAAAGAGAGAGGCCUUAUUUUUACAGGAAAACACAGGCCAUUUCUCGUAAGAAAGCAACAGGUUUUGCUGCUGUCCACCAACUGUUUACUGAACGGUGGCCAACAUCUCCAGCCAGCAGAAGUAUAGGUGGAACAACUACAGAGAGAAAUAUUGACUUUGAACUUGAUGUCAGAGUUGAAAUUGACAGUGGGAAGUGUGUACUUCAUCCAACAACGCUUCAACAGGAACAUGAUGACAUAAGCUUAAGGAGGAGCUAUGAUCGUAGUUCCAGAAGUUUAGAUCAAGAGUCUCCUUCAAAAAAGAAGAAAUUUCAAACUAACUAUGCUUCAACUACUCACUUACUAGCUGGAAAGAAAGUGCCAUCAUCAUUGCAGACAAAGUCUAGUGACAUGGAAACAACAGUGUUUUACAUUCCUGGUGUAGAUGUAAAGCUUCAUUACAAUUCUAAGAUGUUGAAGACUGAAUCACCAAAUGCAUCUCGAGGAUCAUCACUUCCAAGGACACUUUCUAAGGAAUCCAAAUUAUAUGGUAUGAAAGAUACAGCCACACUUUCUGGCCACAGCAAGGCUAAAACUUUACUUCCUCCCCAACCACCACCAAUCCCAUCAGCCAAAGGAAAGGGAAGUGGCGGUGUAAAAACAGCAAAACUAUAUGCUUGGGUAGCGCUCCAGUCUUUGCCAGAAGAAAUGGUGAUUAGUCCCUGCUUGUUAGACUUCCUAGAGAAGGCCCUUGAAACAAUUCCUAUUACUCCAAUAGAAAGAAAUUAUGCAGCUGUCAGUUCACAGGAUGAGGAUAUUGGCCAGUUUGAUAUGCAGGAUCCCUUAGAAGAAUCCACAGCUUCAUUAGUAUCUUCAUCAACAUCAGCAUACUCUUCUUUCCCUGUUGAUGUGGUAGUUUAUGUAAGAGUUCAGCCUUCACAGAUCAAGUUCAGCUGCUUACCUGUAUCACGGGUAGAAUGCAUGUUGAAACUUCCCUCCCUUGACCUUGUAUUUUCUUCUAAUCGUGGGGAAUUAGAAACUUUAGGUACAUCCUGCCUUACCGAAAGUUCUUUACAGUGUGGAUCAAAGAUGCCUGUUAAAACUGUCUCACCAGGUAUAAUUUAAUUUUUUAAAUGCUAUUAAAUUUUAAU